UUUCAGAUGGAAAUGUGUUUGUACCUGGCAGCCUUAUGGAUCGCAGUGCCCACUAUCGCCUUGGGGAGUGGAAAUGAUCCGUUUGGAAAGUCAAGGAAUGCCACGCUAAUAGACGCCGAGGCCCUCCAAGCUGUGCAUCAGUCGUCAGCAGACAAGCACGUCCUCCUGGUGAUUCAGGACGCCGCCUACUCGAAGCGCCACGUGUUGCGCCACCUGCGGGCACCAAGCGGUUUAGCGCUAUUCGAGGUGACAGGUGCCAGGGACACAGGAGCUAAUUCCACACAAGAGCAAGUCAUCGACGCUAUCGAGAAGGCAGAGCUGGUUGCUGAAACCUCAAUGAAGGUGCUGGUGUUGGUUCUGAGUGACGAGGCCGCCAUCCUCGCUGCCUUCGCCCACUGGUCGCUCAGGAGCCGUCUGCUGGCCUGGGAGAGGCGCCUCCUUGUCCUCACGCGGUAUCCGCCGCACCGCGUCCCCCUCCUGCACAGGGCGCUGGCCCUCACAAACUCACUGCUACUCACGCCGAGCACAAAUGAUCACAGUGUUUUGGUUUCCGUCGUUCUCCCGUACAGUCGAGCAGAUUCCGUGCCGGAGGUUCUUGCCGUCUGGACGCCACAGGAAGGCUUGGUUGUGGAGCCACAUGCUCAUCUUUUUCCACAUAAAUUUGAAAAACUAAGCAUGUCGUACCAGCUCCUCGUGGCCAUGACCGAGGACGCCAUGCACAAAAAGGUGUACCGGGCUGACCCAUCAACGCGGGAGAAGCAAUUCGUGACCUUCGACGGCUACAUGGUCAGGCUCAUGGACUACGUGGCCCAGGGACUCAAUUUUUCAUAUCGUUUUGUCCCUUCUCCUGAUAAUUCCUACGGCACAAAAAAUAAGGAUGGCUCAUGGACUGGCAUGGUUGGUCAAGUUAAGAGAGAGGAGGUGGACAUCGGUCUGGGACCGUUCACCCUGACCACGGACCGCGCCCGGGUGGUGGACUUCACCUGGCCCGUGGAGGUGACGUCCGGCCGCAUCUUGGCGGGCCAGCACAGCCUCGAGGUGGACCCGUGGGGCUUCAUGCUGCCGCUCAGUCCCGAGGUGUGGGCUGCAACGUUCGCCUUCAUCAUCUUCCUGCCGGCACUCAUGUUCCUGCUGUCGUGGUCCGUCACCAGAAAGGGCAAAAGGGAAAAAUGGGUCAGAAAACAGUUCGAGUUCCUCAGCAUGAUUUUGCAGGAGAGCAUCGCUAUCACCGCCAACAGUUGGUGGUGGUGGGAGCGGGUCAUCGUGGUGUUCUGGCUGCUGGCGACCCUGGUGCUGAGGCGGAGCUACGAAGGCAACCUGAUUUCCCACCUGGCCGUGCGACACAUCCCCCAGCCCUACCAGAGCCUCAGGGACGUGCUGGACGACCGCUCGGCUGUCAUGAUAUGGAAGAAAGGAAGCUCAUUCGUUGAACUUAUUGAGACGUCCGACUCUGGUAUUUUCCGUGAGGUGCUCAACUCGGCGAAGGACGGGCGGCUGCGGUUCUUGAGUGUCAAUGAAUACCUGCAGGUGAUGGACAGGGACGUGAUCAACGGCAAUCAAGUUAUCAUCGACUUCGCCUUCAACCUCAUACCGAUCAGUGGCAAGACUUUCUCUCUCACAGGCCGGUGCAACGUGUACAUCGGUCGCGAGCGUCUCAUCUCCCAGAGCCUUGGGAUGAUCGGCCAGAAGGGACACCCGCUCGUCCCCGCCAUCACACGCAAGCUCCUGUCCAUGAUCGAGGCGGGUCUGUACAGCUUCUGGUACCGACAGGUCAUUCCAAACUCCACGUCGUGUGAUAAGAUGUCCAGCAAAGUCACCGUCCACACGCCGCUGUCGCUCAGCAAUUCGUGGGCCAUGUUCGCCAUGUUGCUGGGUGGCAGCGCCGUCAGCCUCGUCGCGUUACUACUCGAGGUUUUGGUCUUCAGGAUCGACACGUCUUUUACUACAAAAAGUAAAAUUGCCGGAGAUCACUCGCAAGGCUGAAAAUAUAAAUGCAGGAAGGUAAAAAAAUCUAAAAAGUAAAAAUCAAUACUUUAAAAAUAAAUAUUUUAUUCAAAAGGUUUGCCCAAAUUUGAAAAUGUAUUGACAAAUGUAUGGAAUAGUCCUUCAGUGACUGUUUUGAUUAUUAUAAUAAAUAUAAUCAGCAAGUCUUUCCAACCUUUCAAUAAGCCCCAAUAUUUUUUUUUCAAACAAAUACAAAUAUUGUAUUGGCGCAGACACACCAAGAAUAGAUCUCCGUUCAGGAUUCCGAAAUGCAGGUGUGUUACUUUUGAUGUAUUUGGUCCAUUUUCAGCCUGUGCUGGCUGGGAAGGCUGACAGUGAACAUCCACGCUUGAUGUCUCAGUUGUUGAGCGUUAUUCAGUCAAUGCAGUCUGUGCCCUUUGUUUUUAUUCAGGGUGAAAACAGACCAUGUGUUCCUGAAAACAAUCGAUUGAGAGUGUAGGAAGUGUCGGGGGGGAAUUCUGGUGGGGGCUCUAGGGCACUGCACGAGGAGGCGAAGCCCUUGGAACUUCUGGUCUCCUGGGCCAAGACCAAGGUACAGGUGUUUGGAAGCUUGCUAGAUGAAACAGUACAGUCUGUUCAUGAGUGUGACGAGGACACAGAAAUCUCGGGAAAUUUCACAUACCUUGGUAUCGUAAAUCAGAACAACGGUGAGUCUCGCCAGAAAGUCUUGCGGCAGAUUGGCCUGGCCAACGGUGUUAUAAACUCGCUUAGUACGUCUAUACGGCGUUGUCGAUACCUGUGUAAAAGGACAAAGAUCCGGAUCCUCAAGUUGCUUGUGCUCCCUGUCUCACUCUAUGGUUGUGAGACAUGGACACUAAAUAGGGUGGAGAGGCGUACUGAUGCCUUCGUAAUAAGUGUCUACGCAGACUCAUGGGAUAUCGCUUGAAUGACGUUGUGUGAAACCGGCGACUACUCGACUGAUUCGACAUGCAUAGUUCGUCAACGCCAAUUCCGGCUGUACGGGCAUGUGGCACGCUACCCAGAA